AUGCCUUCCCGUGUCGAGGACUACGAGGUGCUGUACACCAUAGGAUCUGGUUCUUAUGGUAAAUGCCAAAAAGUAAGGAGGCGAGCCGAUGGGAAAGUACUGGUGUGGAAGGAGAUGGACUAUGGGACCAUGGCUGAGAGCGAAAAGCAAAUGCUGGUGUCAGAGGUGAACCUCCUCAGGGAACUGAAGCAUCCAAACAUAGUGAGGUACUAUGACCGCAUCAUAGACAGGGAAAACACCACCCUGUACAUUGUUAUGGAGUACUGCGAGGGCGGUGACCUCUCCAGCCUUAUCAACAAAUGCAUCAAAGAAAGACAGUAUUUGGAGGAGCAGUUCAUCCUGCGGGUCAUGACACAGCUGACAUUAGCCUUGAAGGAGUGCCACCGCCGGAGUGAUAGCGGUACCACCGUGCUCCAUCGAGACCUGAAACCAGCUAACAUCUUUCUUGAUGUCAAGCAGAAUGUCAAGCUAGGCGACUUUGGUCUCGCAAGGAUCCUGAACCAUGACACCAGCUUUGCAAAGACUUUUGUCGGGACGCCUUACUACAUGUCUCCAGAGCAAAUAAAUCGGAUGUCAUACAACGAGAAGUCUGAUAUUUGGUCAUUAGGAUGUUUGCUUUAUGAGCUUUGUGCUUUAUCGCCUCCUUUUACUGCUUACAACCAAAAAGAGCUGGCAGAGAAGAUCAGAGAGGGAAAGUUCAGAAGAAUCCCUUACCGAUACUCCGAAGAACUUAACACCCUCCUCUCCAGAAUGCUCCAUUUAAAGGACUACCUGAGGCCCUCGGUGGAGUCCAUACUUCAGAGCAGCCUGUUGGCCGCAGCGGUUGCCGAGGAGCAGAGGAAGACACAGGCACGGCUGCGGAGGAGGUCAGCUGAGUCCGUCCAGAAACCCGCUGAGCCGGUCCCCACCUCAACUGCUGUGCUCAGACUCAAAGAACAAGUUCUGCGGGAUCGAGAACAGGCUCUCAAGGAACGUGAGGAGAGAGUCGAGCAGAGGGAGCAGGAGCUUUGUGUGCGCGAGCAGCUGUCAGAUGAGAAGCUUGCAAGAGCAGAGAGUUUGCUGAGGAAUUACCACCUAUUAAAACAACAGAGGAGCCCAACUUCGUUUUAUACCAACAACAUAGAUAUGAUGGAGGACCUCUCCCCGGGCAAGAAGAAAGUCCACUUUGCUGGUGACAGCAAAGAGAACCUAAAGCCCAAGUGCCAUGAGGCGGCGAGGGCAUCUGAAUUGAUCCUGAAGAGGUUGCAGAUGGCCAACCUGCGGGCCCAAACACUAGCUGAUGUGGAGAAGACCUGCCAGGUCAGGAGUAGGAAGGUCCUGGCUAUCCGCUGAAGACCUGUGCACAGCAUCUCCUCUUGAUGGUCCAGUGUGAAAGUUACUAAGCGUUAACAGUCUUACCAAAGGUCAAUAAGAGUUGUUAAGCUUUAUUUAUACUACAGGACAUGACCUUAUCACGGUGCAUCAUUGAUGAUACUGUGUGCUGGAUCUGGAAUGU